UUUUUACUGAAGUCUGAUGUUUUUCGCGCCAAAUUCUUCAGUUUUAUGGUUUGGUUUUGUCGUUUUAAGUUAGGUUGUAAAACUUUUGUAUUGUUUUGUUUGUGUUAUUUGUUAAUUAGUAAAUAGCAAUAGCUAUGGAAGACGGAGAUUUUGAUCAACGUUUAAGAGAUUUGCAAAGAGAAUAUCUUGAGUUUUUAGACGAUGAAGAAGACCAAGGGUUAUAUAUGGAAAAAGUAAAAGAAAUGAUUUCGGCCGGCAAAAAACGACUGGUUGUAAAUAUUAAUGACCUUAGAAGAAAGAAUCCAGCUCGUGCCAAAAAUCUAUUAGAAAGUGCUUUUGAGGAACAGAUCGCAUUUCAAAAGGCUCUUAAAGAAUAUGUGUCGUCAAUUGAUCCAACAUUUGCUAAAGAAAUGGAAGAAUUUUUUGUUGCAUUUUCUGGUAGCUUUGGAACUAAACAUGUCACACCAAGAAGUUUAACUUCACGUUACUUAGGUAAUUUAAUUUGUGUGGAGGGUAUAGUGACGAGGGUGUCUCUGGUGCGACCCAAGGUGGUGAGGAGUGUGCACUAUUGUCCGGCCACUAAGAAGGUUAUGGAGAGGAAGUAUACUGAUCUGACUUCUUUUGAGGCUUUCCCAACUUCUGCAGUAUACCCUACGAAGGAUGAUGAAGGAAAUCCUUUAGAGACGGAAUAUGGCUUAUCUCGGUAUAAGGAUCAUCAGACGUUAACUGUACAAGAGAUGCCAGAGCGAGCACCUGCAGGACAGCUGCCCCGCAGUGUGGAUAUAAUCUGUGAUGAUGAUCUUGUAGACAAGUGUAAACCUGGAGACAGGGUCCAGAUUGUCGGUAACUAUAGAUGUCUACCAUCUAAACAAGGUAGCUUUACUGCUGGAACUUUCAGGACAAUUUUAAUAGCAAAUAACGUAACGGAAAUAAACAAAGAUGCAGAUUUGGCAAUCACCAUGGAAGAUAUCAAAUUAUGCAAGCGUUUAGCUAAACGAACUAAUAUGGAUAUGUUUGAAAUGUUAAGCAAAUCACUUGCUCCGUCUAUACACGGACAUGAUUAUAUCAAGAAGGCUAUUUUGUGCUUAUUGCUCGGUGGCAUGGAAAAAAUAUUACCUAAUGGUACAAGACUUAGAGGUGAUAUAAACAUCCUUUUAAUUGGAGACCCAUCAGUGGCGAAAUCCCAACUACUUCGCUAUGUGUUGCUAACAGCACCACGUGCGGUCACCACCACGGGAAGAGGGUCUUCCGGUGUGGGUCUCACUGCUGCGGUUACAACUGAUCCUGAUACUGGAGAUAGAAGACUGGAAGCCGGUGCGAUGGUGUUAGCUGACCGAGGUGUGGUUUGUAUCGACGAGUUCGACAAGAUGUCUGACAUAGACCGCACUGCCAUCCAUGAGGUGAUGGAGCAGGGUCGAGUCACCAUCGCCAAGGCAGGUGUCCAUGCAUCACUCAAUGCUCGUUGCUCUGUGCUUGCUGCUGCCAAUCCAGUCUAUGGCAGGUACGAUCAAUACAAGACACCAAUGGAGAACAUCGGGUUACAAGAUUCUUUGCUAUCUCGUUUCGAUCUGCUCUUCGUGAUGCUGGACAUCGCAGAUGCGGACCACGACAAUCUCAUCUCUGAACAUGUCCUCCGCAUGCAUAGAUACAGGAAUCCAAAAGAACAAGAUGGAGAAGUGCUUCCAAUGGGUUCAACAGUUGAAAUGCUUUCAACAGAAAAUCCUGACACCGAGGAAGUUGAUGAAUCAAAGGAGGCGAUGUAUGAGAAGUAUGACCCACUGCUGCAUGGCAACAGCCGCAGUAAGAAAGACCAGAUAUUGAGUACGAGAUUCAUGCGCAAAUAUAUUCACAUCGCACGUCUUCUGCGUCCCAAACUUACACAAGACGCCUGCGAUGUCAUCGCCGAUGAAUACGCACGUCUCCGCAACCAGGAUAUGAUGGAGACAGACGUCGCCAGGACGCAGCCGGUGACAGCGCGGUCUCUGGAGACAUUAAUCCGACUGGCGACAGCACACGCAAAGUGCCGGCUCAGCUUCCAAGUGGCGGAGGAAGACGCACGAGCAGCCAUCGAACUGUUGCACUUCGCUUACUUCAAGAAGGUGUUAACAAAGGAGAAGCGUCGCAAGCGGCGCGCCUCCUCAGAGGAUGAGGGCGUAGCGCCCGAGGGCGAACGCCCCAAGAAGCCCCGCGCAAAGAGGUCCCGCAAGGAGAAAGGUGAUGCUGAAGAUCCAUACGAGUUCUCAUCAGAUGAGGAGGUGGAGCCUGUGCUGCGUGCUGCUCAUGAUACACAGCCUGAGUCACAGCUCGCAGGCAGAUCUGCACCUAGUACAUCUACUAUUAAUGCUGAAAGAUUGACACAAUUCAAGUCUGCAUUACAACAGUUGUUCAGAGAGGAAAGAGCUAACUCUCUGCCAUUAGAUAAAGUAACUACUUACGUUAACAACAAGUACUCGCACCAGAUCUUCUCCCCGGAUGAAGUGCUCUCUGCUCUGCAUCUCAUGACGCAAGACAACCAGCUCAUGAUGGCUGAUGAUAUCAUCUUCCUUAUAUAAAUAACCAAAAACAUAGAUGGAACGUUUUAUGCAAAAGACAACACUGAGGAAAUUUAUCCGUACAACAAUUCUCCGGAAGCCUUUUUUCUUGCUUUAAUUUUGUACUCUGGAUUAAAUAUCUACAGAUUAUAUAUUUGACUAAAAUUGAAGCUCAAAUCAGAUAAAAAUGAUCACUAAGAUAGUCCCUUAGUGUAAGAAGGACUUAAGGGAG